CCGGUCACAUGCUCGUCAAGCUGGAUCAGCUGACAUCACCCAGCUUCUCCUUUUGAUGCUCUGUCUCCACCAUCGACUGAUAGCGCGUCUUAAAACACAAGUAUUUCGUUAUCUUAGCGUUACUGGCGACAAAUUUUAGAUUUGAGCCGAGUAUAUCUCGCUGAUCCAGCAGGUUAGACCGCCAGAUAAAUGCUGCUAGAGUGGAUGAUGAACGGACACGCUAUUUUGUAUACGGGGGUCACUUUGGCCUUCUGGAGCACCAUACUAAUCGUCGGUCUCUGCUAUACCAUAUUUGAUCUUGGAUUCCGCUUUGAUGUGGCAUGGUUCCUGACAGAGACUUCUCCUUUCAUGUGGGCCAAUCUGGGCAUUGGCUUGGCCAUCUCUCUGUCUGUGGUAGGAGCAGCCUGGGGGAUCUACAUCACUGGCUCAAGCAUCAUUGGUGGUGGUGUCAAGGCUCCACGAAUCAAAACCAAGAACUUGGUCAGCAUCAUCUUCUGUGAAGCUGUAGCAAUCUAUGGGAUCAUUAUGGCUAUUGUAAUCAGCAACAUGGCGGAGAGCUUCAGUGGAACAACCCCUGAGACCAUCGGGGCAAGGAACUACCAAGCUGGUUACUCCAUGUUCGGAGCCGGUCUGACUGUGGGUUUCUCCAACCUCUUCUGUGGCAUCUGUGUCGGCAUCGUGGGCAGCGGAGCAGCAUUGGCAGACGCCCAGAACGCCAGCCUCUUCGUGAAGAUCCUCAUUGUGGAAAUCUUUGGCAGUGCAAUUGGCCUGUUUGGUGUCAUUGUAGCCAUUCUGCAGACAUCGAAAGUAAAGAUGGGAGACUAGAAGAUGCAUUCACACGCUGACAAGAUAAAAAGACACUGCUGGAAAAUAAGAUGGAUUAUUGUGUAAAUACAUCGUAAAUUAUUUAAAUGUCUCUAUAUGCCUGGUAUUGUUUUCAACCAUCAUUUAUGCAAGAGUGGUACGUGCACACCCGACUGUCUUGUCUUGAGUGAAACAUGAGUGUUGAAUAAGAAAAGUGGAAGAAAAAUCGCCAGUUGCCGGUGUGCAAUUCUUGAUACAAGUGAACCCUGCAUCUCUCUUACAGUUCAGCUUAUUGUGUAGUACAAGCAGAAUGUACAUGAAUAGUAGGAUUUUAGAUCAGACAGUCUGUAGCCCCGAGGGCUGCCAAGACAUCUUGCAGCUUUAUUUCAUGGAUUGAAUUGGUCCUAAAACUUACUGAUCGGUUCAUAAAGUAAAUUUUUUCUGACCACUCUUGGAUGAAUGAUGAGU